AUGGCUGAUGAAUCUGAAAACCAGGAUGAAUCUAAAGAUAAAAUGGAAGUAGAUGAUAGUUCUCUAACUUCCACAGACGAAAGCUUUUCAAUUGAGUCUGACAAACCAUCGUACAAGGAAAAACCAACACAACGUUCUUAUUUGUCUAAAAUAUUGGAAGAAGGACCAUGGCUAGAUUUGCGUGUAAAAAAGAAAGAUCCCAUAAUUUAUUUAAUGGGUAUAUUAGAACUACGUCAGGUACGAAUACAAGAUGAGACUUGUGAAAUUGACGAGCGAAUUCAAAACUCAACUGGUUUGAUAAAAUGCUUCGGAGAAUUUGAAUUAAAAUAUGAAGAAACGCAUGAUGUGCCCAUAAAGGAUCUAGAAAUAAACGAUCAACAAAUAUCUGACAAUUAUGAUUUACCAUUUAAAUAUCAAGAACAAAACCCAAAUAUUCCAUUAUAUCAAGGAAAAUUUGCUACAUAUCCACCUGGAGGAUAUGUUCUAACUCUACCACGGGCUCACUGGGCACAGAAAGCUGCUGUGGAUAAAUUGCUUUUCCUAAAGCGAAAUAAUUGGUUAAAUCGUAAAACCCGGGCUGUCUUUCUUGAUGCAGUUAUAUAUUGCCCAAAUACAAAUUUAAUGAGUUCUGUCAAAUUAGUUUUUGAAGUAUCACCAGCCGGUGGAGUGACAGCCCUCUUAUAUGUACGAACUGCACAAAUUUUUUUAUUUGUUAACGCAUCUGAUUACAUUAAUUUGGCAUGCAUUGUUUUCUUAACAAUUUGCGUUGUUUACUUCAUUGUUGAAGAAGUUCGAGAACUGUUUUACUUUAAAUUAGACUAUUUUUAUUAUUUUUCUUCCGUAAUUGAUUUGGGCCUAAUUUUUCUAGAAGAAUAUUCAUCAUUAUACAAUACAUGUAUUACACUCAUACGAUAUUUCAUGUUUUUGGGUGAUUAUAGAUUACUAUGGCAACAUAAUCCGUUGGUUGAAAGAAAUUUAUUAUUUAAGAUGUACACACUUGAUUUAAAACAAACAGUAAAUGCUAAUGAAUUGCCGCUAUUAAUUUCUAAUAUAAUUAAAACACAAGUUGAAGAUUAUGAGAAACAUGCAACAGCUAAAGAAUCCGAAGACAAGCAAAAACUUUUGAUGGAACGUGACGACGAAUAUACGCCAAAACUUGGUGUAGAAGUUAUUGCAACGGAACUUAAUCGUCUUGAAACGUACAUGGAUAAGUUAGAAGAGCAAGUUGAAGCAUUGGAUUGCCAUUUCUUUGAGCGAAAUAGAUGA